AUGUGCCCCGAAGAUACCAACUGUCGUCCAGUCAAGACCACGGCGCCUGCUCCGCUGACGUCGACCUCCACUUCAGGCCAUCUCGCUUACUGUGUCUGGGAGACCCAAAAGCUGCAACGGAACAACCUCGAGACGUUCUGCAGCGACGUACCAGACGAUGCGCUGCCCCAGACGUUCAAAGAUGCCAUCCGAGUCGCGCGGCACCUGGGCUCGAAGUACCUGUGGAUCGACAGCUUCUGCAUCAUCCAAGAUUCGGUGGAGGACUGGGAAGCCGAAUCGGCCGUGAUGGGCGAGAUCUACCGCAACUCGCAGUGCAACAUUGCCACUUCAAACGCCAGGAAUGGCGACGAAGGAUGCCUAUAUCCCCGAAACCCACGACUCUUGCAGCCCGAGCCCUUCGCGCCGCCUCGAUGCGACUCGCCCGAGGAAAAGUGGUAUCUCCAUAACCCAGAUGGCAUGGAUGGAACGUAUCAUCUGUACACCCCGGCAUGGGUGCUCCAAAAGGUCCUCCUCGCCCCGCGCACUCUCGAUUGCGGGAGAUCUCAGCUAUACUGGCGAUGCACCGCCAUGCGCGCGUCAGAAGAGGUCCCGGGCGGUUUCAGCGGACCCCUUGCCAGGUCCGUCAACCACCCCGCCGACGUGGCCUACGGCCCGGGCAAGUCGCCGGGAGAAAGUUUGAGGGCCAUGGAGGCCUCGAUGAGGUACUGGGAGGACACUUUCUACGAUAGAUCUUUCGGGCGAGAUAGAGCACGCAAAGAGAGGUGUAUUCGGCCGUUACGCAUCUCGGAAUUCCUCGCGAACGCGAUGCUGGGCUCAGGUUCAGGCUCAGCUGCGAGCUACUGGGCCAAACUGGUCGAUGUAUAUUCGGCCAUGGAGCUCACAUAUGACACCGACCGCGAAGUUGCCAUCGCUGGUGUUACCGGCGCUUUUUGCCCGUUCCUGGGGAGCUAUUGGGCUGGGAUGUGGGAGAUGCUCGUGCCGGCGCACCUCAACUGGCGAACCAAUUUGACGAUGCGAUAG